CGGAAGCCGCUGCAGGAGCGCACGGAGUCUCACCUCCGCCGCCAUGACGGGCAGCUUCUGCCCAAAGCUUCCGGCGCUCUCCCUGCGUGUCUUUCCGGGAGCCGGCAGCUACCACUCUCACCCGCCGCGCUUCUCUCCGCCCCACUGCGCCUGUCUUGGGCCCUCCCCGGCCGCCUGGUGCUGCCACUGGAGGGCUGGCGUGGUGACACGGGUCGCAGGCGAGCGCAGGCUGGCGUGGGAUCCACAGCUCGCUUUUCAGCACGAGAAGUCCCAUUCCCCGCAGGCCAGCGGCGGGUACGCGUUCUGAGGGAUCGCUACAGGGGGAAACCGGUCGGCGCGGGCUGGAGGGUAGGCUAGGCGAGGCGGGCUGUGCGGCCCGGCCCCGCGGCGCCAGCUCACUGGGAGAUCUCUGCUGCAGCGGCGUGCAGGCCUCUGCUAUGGGCUUGGCUUUAACUCCCGAAAAUCGCAGUCCUUCGGGAUCAUCUCUCCCUCAUCGGAGCGAGUUAAAGUCGUAUCACAUGAGCACAAGCACUGUAUUGUCUUUGAGGAGUGUAUAGUGCAGCAAAGCGAGAGCAUGUGGGCAGUAUGUUCAUCUGAGUGCAAGUGUGUUCCUGGUUUAUGAUUAUGUUCAUUUGCAGUGUCUUUAGAGGGAAAAAAUAGUGUUCUGUUUUGGGAAAUGUGCUGUAAUUUAAAAAGGAGGUUUUUGCUUCUGUAUGCAACACAAAAGGGGCAGGCAAAAGCCAUAGCUGAGGAAAUAUGGCAGCAAGCAGGUGCCCAUGGACUUGAAGCUGAUAUGCACUGUAUAAGUGAAAUGGACAAGUAUAACCUGGAAACAGAAAAGGAUCCUGUAGUUAUUGUUAUUUCCACUACUGGUACUGGAGACCCACCAGACACUGCCCGCAAGUUUGUAAAGAAAAUUCAAGACAGGACCUUGCCACCUGAUCAUUUUGCACAUCUCCAGUAUGGAUUGCUAGGUCUGGGAGAUUCAGAAUACACGUUCUUUUGUAAUGGUGGAAAGACAGUAGACCAACGACUUCAAGAACUUGGUGCCCAGCAUUUCUAUGACACAGGCUUAGCAGAUGAUUGUGUAGGUUUGGAACUAGUGGUUGAUCCUUGGAUUGAUGGACUUUGGCUUGCUCUUAAGGAAGCAUUUCUGUUACAGAAAGAAAAAGAAGGCAUGAGCAGUGAUGCUGUUUCUAGCUCACUCUCUUCAGCUCCACACGUUGAGCAUGAACUAAACUUAAGCUCAGAAGUACAGAACUUGAAGGUAGAAGAUGAAAGAGUGAGAAGUUCUGGUGUUCUGACACAGAAACUGGUUGACACCCAUCUUGCGGCUUCAACUAGAGACACCGAACCUUCACUUGUUCAUUCUGUCCCUCCUCUCUCUCAGUCCGCUCUUAAUAUUCCUGCCUUGCCACCAGAGUAUAUAGAGGUGCAGUUUCAAGACACCCACGGUGAGAAUCCACAUCUGUCCUCACUGAUUUCAGCGGGAACAACCUUUGAAGUGCCAGUUACCAAAGCAGUUCAGCUCACUAGAGACGAUGCGAUAAAAACUGCAUUGCUCCUAGAACUUGAUACUGCAGAUACGGUCUUUGACUACCAGCCUGGAGAUACCUUCUGUGUAAUAUGUCCCAACAAUGCCAGUGAGGUGGAAGAGCUUCUUCACAUCCUGGGACUUUCUGAAAAAGGAGAGUACUUCGUUUGUGUUAGGGUUAAGGAGGCCACCAAAAAGAAAGGAGCAGCUUAUCCACAACACAUCCCUGAAAGAAGCACUCUGAAAUUCAUUCUAACCUGGUGUCUGGAAAUAAGAGCAGUUCCAAAAAAGGCAUUUUUGCGAGCUCUUGUAGAAUAUACAAGUGAUAUGGGAGAAAAAAGGAGGCUUCAAGAGCUUUGCAGCAGACAAGGAGCCUCUGAUUACAUACGCUUUAUUAAAGAUUGGAAUGUUUGUUUGCUGGAUUUGCUUCAUGCUUUUCCAAGCUGCAAGCCUUCACUUAACCUGUUAAUUGAACAUCUUCCUAAAUUGCAAGCCAGAUCCUACUCAGUGUCAAGUUCAAACUUAUAUGAACCAGGAAAACUGUGUUUUGUAUUUAAUAUUGUGAAGUUCCCUGCCUGUCCUGCUAGACCAGUCUCACGGAAAGGAGUAUGUACAGGGUGGCUUGCUGAGUUAGUUGCGCCUCUACUGCACUCCAGUAAAAACCCUCUGGAUACAAAAGGGCGAAGCUCUUUAACUGAAAAGAUAUCUAUUUUUGCUCGUCCAAACAAUACUUUCCACUUGCCUGCAGACCCAUCUAUCCCAUUCAUGAUGCUUGGUCCAGGAACAGGAAUUUCACCAUUUAUUGGUUUCCUGCAACACAGGCAAAAGCUCAGAGAAGAACAUAUUGACUGGGAAUUUGGAGAGACAUGGCUUUUUUUUGGUUGUCGGCAUCAAGAUCGAGACUAUUUGUUCAAAGAUGAGCUCAGAGGUUUUCUUGAAAAUGGCACGCUAACUCAUCUUAAAGUUUGUUUCUCAAGAGACUCUUCAACUGCAGAAGUAGCACCACCUAAAUACGUACAAGAUGUCAUUAGGCUUUAUGCUAAGGAAGUUACCAGAGUCCUGCUGAAAGAAGGAGGUUACUUCUAUGUGUGUGGAGAUAAGAAGCGCAUGGCUGAUGGUGUAAGUGAUGCUGUAGUGGACAUUUUAAGCAUGGAAAUGCAAGUUGACAAAUUGGAAGCAAUGAAAACCCUGGCCAUGCUUCGAGAAGCAAAACGAUAUUUGCAGGAUGUUUGGAGCUAAAUAUUUAGCUUUUCCUAUGUAUUUAUAACACAAAGAUUUCAUUUAACACAUAAACUUUUCACUAAAAGUUAUUGUCAAAAGCACUGUCUGUAGUCACCCAAAUCUCAACUUUCUCUAUUGACCUUUCAAGGAAGACUAUGAAACCUUUUAAACCAUAAUAAGCCAGGCUGCCUUUUGUACGGUAUUUGUUUUUAAGUGGUGUUACAUAAUGGACUGUCUGGGUGCCUUGAUUCUCUCAUUUUAGAAUUGAUUUAAUGUAGAAAGUAAAAAAUUUUGGCACUGGUACAAAAAUGUUCACGUUACAUCAUGGGAUUUUUUUUCUAUCAUAUAUACAGACAGAAGGUACGAUUAAAUACGUUACAUACCUAAUAUGUCAUUAGGUACAUUACUGACUUGCCAAGAUUUAUUUGAACACUUUCUAGAUCAUUUCUGAGAAGAAUUCUAUUUUUUCAGCUUGUGUAAUGACAGUAACUGCCCAAAGGAGUGAAUGUUCAGUGUUGCACAGAAAGGUUACUGCAUUCUGUCAUUCCAUCACAUCUCAAAGUUUUGCUCCACUUCAUGAUAAUCCUUAUUAUAUUUUCCUGCAUAAUUCUUUUGAAAUUAUUUUCAUUCCUGUCUCUGAAAUGUUUGUGGUUCAAUUUAUGAUCAGAUUCACUAGCUGGGUUGAAUGUGGUUGCUAGAGAAAUACUGCUUAGUAAAUACUUUCUCA